GCUCUAGCUCUCUCGCAGCCUCCUACGCCUGCAAGAAUCAGCUCUCUCGCAGCCUCCUAGCUACGCCUGCAAGAAGCAGCUAGCCAGUGCGCACACAUCCCUCGAUCACCUCAAUCAGCACACACACAGCCAGUUCCAUCCAACACCUCGGGUAGACGAUGGCCAUGGCGCAAGGACAAGCGGCACGGGCCACGAGGGAGACCGUGCUUCCGGUGUCCCGCGUGGCCAUCAUCGGUGGCGGGAUCAGCGGCCUGGCCGCGGCGAAGCAGAUGGCGGCCUACGACCCCGUCGUGUUCGAGGCGACGCCGUCCGUCGGCGGGGUGUGGAAGCACUGCGUCUACCGCACCACGCGGCUGCAGACGCCCCGCCCGGACUACGAGUUCUCCGACUACUCCUGGAAAAACCGCGACGACCCUUCGUUCCCGACCCACUCGGAGAUCGUCGACUACCUCGAGGGCUACGCCGACGAGUUCGACCUCUGGCGUUACAUCUCAUUCGGGUCCAAGGUGGUGGACAUCAAGUUCCUCAGCGGCGCCCGGGCCGGGUUCACCGAGCUGUGGAGCGGCACCGGCAAGGAUCCGCUCCGUGGCAAGCCCAUGUGGGAGGUCGGCAUCGUCACCGGCGACUCCAACACCGUUCAGUAUUACAAGUUCGAGUUCGUGGUGAUGUGCACGGGGAAAUACGGCGACGUGCCGCGGAUGCCGGUGUUCCCGCCGGGGAAGGGGCCGGAGGUGUUCAAGGGGACGGUGAUGCACUCGCUGGACUACUGCAAGCUGAGCGAGGAGGAGACCGUUGAACUGAUGCGAGGCAAGAAGGCUGUGGUGGUUGGCUACAAGAAGAGUGCUAUUGAUCUAGCCAACGAAUGUGCCCAGGCAAACCAAGGCGAGGGAGGGCAGCCGUGCACGAUGCUGGUGCGGACCCUGCACUGGGUGGUGCCAUCGUACUCCAUCUGGGGCUUGCCAUUCUCCAUGUUCUACUCCACACGCUUGUCUCAGCUCUUCUACGAGCGGCCCAACCAAGGGUUCUUCCGAUCCCUCGUCUGCCGCCUCAUGAGCCCACUGCGGGCAGGGGUGUCAAAGUUCAUCGAGUCGUACCUGUCAUGGAAGCUGCCGCUGGGCAAGUACGGUCUGACGCCGGACCACCCCUUCGUCGAGGACUACGCCAGCUGCCAGAUGGCCAUCCUCCCUGAGGGCUUCUUCGACAUGGCGGACCGUGGCCUUGUCUGCUUCAAGAGGACCUCCGCCGGCUGGUGCUUCUCGCAGAACGGCGUGGUCCUCGACGACGGCGCCAAGGUGGAGGCGGACCUUGUCUUCCUCGCCACCGGCUUCGAGGGCAAGGACAAGCUCCGUGAGGUCCUGCCAAAGCCCUUCCGCGACCUCGUCGUCGGCAAGUCUUCCAUGAUGCCGCUCUACCGUGGCACGAUCCACCCGCUGAUCCCCAACAUGGCGUUCGUCGGGUUCGUGGAGAGCGUGUCGAACCUGCACACGUCGGAGCUGCGGUGCCGGUGGCUGUCGGGGCUGCUGGAGGGGCGGUUCGAGCUGCCGAGCGUGAAGGCCAUGAUGGGGCACGUCGCCGGCGAGGCCGACGCAAUGCGCCGCACCACGCGGUUCUAUCGCCGCCACUGCAUCUCCACCUACAGCAUCCACGACAGCGACGGCAUGUGCGCCGACCUCGGCUCCGCCACGCUACGUAAGGGCAACUGGAUCGCCGAGCUCUUUGCGCCAUACAACAACAAGGACUACAAGGAACAGUAACUCAUACGUACGCAUAGCACAGUACACACAUCGUCCUACGUACGCUACAUUUACUUGACCACAACAAUACCCACGGCCGAGUCUGUA